GCAGCAACCCUUUUUAGUUGUUCCUCAAAUUCAAUAGGUUUUCUCAUCUCAUUUCUCCGCCACCAUCCCUCUCUCUCUCUCUCUCUCUCUCUCUCUCUCUCUCUCUCAAUCAGCUUCCGUCUCCAUCCUUGUUCUCUUUUUCUGCACUCUCUUAUUGGCGUCUGCCUCUAUUGUCUUUGUUUCUGUUGUGUUGGCGGAGACGAGCUGAUCGAUGGCGAAGGACGAGUGGAUAAGGGCCGCGAUGACAGAUGACACGGUGGUGGUGGAGCUGCUGGUGCGGCUCAAGCAGUCGUACGCCACGCCGCCAGCGAGGCCUCCGGCGGUCCUACCGCCGCUCGACUGGGGGCUCCGACAGCCCCGGUCCAAACUAGUCUUCAGAUGCUCCGCCGUUCUCACGAGGAAGGACCACGAGUCAACCAGAGACAGUCCAACCACGCCGCUCUCUUGGAGCGGCGGUGGCUCUCCCUGCGCUACCGCCGACGGUGGCUUGGAAGAGUUCAGUCGACCGGCCAACUGUUCCUCCGCCGGCAGAUCCAAGGGCACUGGUACAAAUGAAGCCAACACCGCCACCACAGGCAGGAGGUCAAGAAGAAAGAAGACAUUUGCUGAACUUAAAGAAGAGGAGAGUAUGCUGUUAAAGGAAAGAAUAUAUUUGCGAAAGGAGAUAGCAGCAUUACGUGUCACGGUUAGAAAAGAGAGAGCGGCGAAUGAGAGCUUGAAGAAAAUGAAGCUGGAUUUGGAUUUGCAAUCAGCAAAGCAAGAAUGCACAACCUCUGCUGGACGGGAGGAAACAUUUUCUAGUCAACCCCACCAAACUGAAGCAAGCCCUGAUAUUGACCACACUUCAUUUUCGGUGACAGCAACACAAGCAAGUUGUGAGAAUUUCCCACCACCCGAUUCUUGCGGGGACCAAAAGUUUGUUGAAACCCAGGGUAGCUUUUUGCUACCUGAUCUGAAUAUGAUGCCAGUUGAGGAGGAUUUGAGCUCGGGCUUGGAGACAACUCUAUGCGGGAUGAGCUGAUAGAAGAGAUGCUGCCUGAUGGAACAAAGUGGCUUUGAAAUUAUGGAAGGGGGUCUUCUUUGUUCGAUGGCGAAAUAAUCAGCAGUUCGGCCAAGUGCUAUAAACUUACAUGCAGUAUGGCUGAGGAGCUGCCUGCUCAACAAAAAUGUAAUUACGGAAUCUUCUUCUUCUUCUUCUUCUUCUUCUUCUUCUUCUUCAACCUGACGCAAAUUAAGGCACUGAUGAUAUUCAUAUAAUGCCUAUAUGGCUCAGCGCCCAGCAGUUGCCACAUUCUUAAAAGGCAAUAGAAAGUUGAGUCACGAGGGUUUAGUAGUACUCUCUCAGGCUAACGUAGAGAGAGAGAGAGAGAGAGAGAGAGAGAGGUCCUAGCUAGCUAGAUAGCUGUCCAUUAGAUAUUGAAAUUCUUUUCUUUUGGUUCUUUCUUAGCUUUUAUGUCUGAAUUCUUGGGCGUGAAUUCUAUAGAUUUUUUUUUUUACAUUAAA